GUGUGUCUAAGAUUUAAAUACCUAAAGUGCUUGGGCAACAUAAUGAGUGCAUGGCAGAGAUUCAUUUUCGGGGCUAACGCGGCGUAUACGUAAUGCGCGAACCUGGCAUACAUCUAAAACUAGGCAUCUAACCUUGCCUUGCUUUAAUCCACUGUAUUUUUUAAGUUUCGGCAUUCUUUAGUGGCUUACUUUUUGGGUCUUAGUAUCUGAAAGUUUGUGUAUUAUUCAAAAAAAAAAAAAUGUGUGUAUUUGCUGGCCACGCCACCAGUUGCCAGUCUCAAUGUCAACUUGUUUACGUUGUUAAAAGUGAAUUGAGAAAAAUAAUCUAAAGUUAAUUAAUGCAAAAUGUUAAUGGCAAUAUUCUAAUUAUCAUACAAAUUUACUGUGUGAUCAAACGAAGAAGUUAUCGAGACUAAUCUUAAUUGUAAUUAGUAGCUAAAAGUAAAAGGAAUUUUGAAAAAUUAACUACUAAUAGAGGGUUUUAUUUACGAACAUAAACCUUUUAAGAGAGGCACUCAAGCAAAACCAAAAAGGCAUAAAUAAAAGCUUUGGUAAUAGCAAAUUAAUAUAGUUAAACCCUUAGUUUUUAUAUCAUAAAAACUUAAAAAGAACAAUAUUAUUCAUUAUUAUCUUAUUACAAAAUGAAUACACAGUUUUUUAUUAGUUUUAGCUCAGUGUAAACAUCACACUCUGAAAUUCGCAGCUGCCCCUGAUUAAUAUUAUCUCUUAGUUACUGAUAGACUGCUUUUGUGUCAUUCUCCCAUUAAAGAUUUCGAUUUCAUUCCAUUACUAAUUAUAUUUGGACUAACACAACAUGAGCAAAUUACCCAUUAAUAACACUAACCAACCAAAGCAAACUAACGGUAAUGGUAAAGCUAACAAUAUGGAAGAUAAACUGGAUCCCAAGGUCUCGAUCGAUAUGGAGGCACCAGAGUUUAAAGAUUUCGCCAAGACAAUGGUGGAUUUUAUUGCCGAAUAUUUGGAGAACAUACGCGAAAGACGCGUUCUGCCUGAAGUAAAGCCCGGCUAUCUAAAGCCCCUCAUCCCGGAUGCCGCUCCUGAGAAACCAGAGAAAUGGCAGGAUGUGAUGCAGGACAUCGAGAGGGUCAUUAUGCCGGGGGUUACCCACUGGCACAGCCCCAAGUUCCAUGCCUACUUCCCCACGGCCAACUCCUAUCCGGCCAUUGUGGCUGACAUGCUGAGCGGAGCCAUUGCCUGCAUUGGAUUCACUUGGAUUGCCAGUCCCGCCUGCACAGAACUGGAGGUGGUCAUGAUGGACUGGCUGGGCAAGAUGCUGGAUCUACCAGCUGAGUUCCUGGCCUGCUCCGGUGGCAAAGGAGGCGGAGUUAUUCAGGGAACGGCCAGCGAGUCCACCUUGGUGGCUCUUCUGGGAGCCAAGGCCAAGAAGGUGCAGGAGGUCAAGGCUCAGCAUCCGGAGUGGGACGAGCACACUAUCGUUGGAAAGCUUGUGGGUUACUGCUCCGAUCAGGCACACUCCUCCGUGGAGCGUGCUGGUCUCCUGGGAGGCGUGCGACUGCGAUCGGUGCCCUCGGAUAACCACAGGAUGCGCGGGGAUGCCCUGGAAAAGGCCAUAAAGCAGGAUUUGGCCGAUGGUUUGAUUCCUUUCUAUGCAGUGGUCACCCUGGGCACCACGAACUCGUGUGCUUUCGAUUACCUAGACGAGUGUGGACCCGUGGGAAACAAGCACAAUGUGUGGAUCCAUGUGGAUGCCGCCUAUGCCGGCUCCGCGUUCAUUUGUCCAGAGUACCGCCACUUGAUGAAGGGCAUUGAAACUGCGGAUUCCUUCAAUUUCAAUCCGCACAAAUGGAUGCUGGUGAACUUUGACUGCUCGGCCAUGUGGCUGAAGGAUCCCAGCUGGGUGGUGAACGCCUUCAAUGUGGAUCCCCUCUACUUGAAGCACGACAUGCAGGGAUCUGCUCCGGACUAUCGCCACUGGCAGAUUCCCCUGGGACGUCGGUUUCGUGCCCUCAAGCUCUGGUUUGUCCUGCGCCUUUACGGUGUGGAGAAUCUGCAGGCGCAUAUCCGCAGGCACUGCAACUUUGCCAAGCAGUUUGGAGAUCUCUGUGUGGCCGACUCGAGGUUCGAACUGGCGGCAGAGGUCAACAUGGGCUUGGUGUGCUUCCGGCUGAAGGGCAGCAAUGAGAACAACGAGGCUCUAUUGAAGAGGAUCAACGGACGUGGCAAUAUCCAUAUGGUUCCGGCCAAAAUCAAGGACGUGUACUUCCUACGCAUGGCAGUGUGCUCGCGCUUCACCAAGUCCGAGGAUAUGGAGUACUCGUGGAAGGAAGUCAGUGCUGCUGCCGAUGAAAUGGAAAAGGAGCAGUAAAAUGGAGAUUAUAAAGUUCUGUUCCGGCUUAUUUCGAAUUUACAGACCAGCAUUAAUUCAUUGUUAUUUUAAUAUUUUAAUUUAAUGAGUUAUCACCAAAAUCAUGGCUAAGAAUGUAUUAGCUCCUUCAUCUCUCAAAAUCUUGUUGAUUAUGUUUUGCCUCUGAUCUUGAAAUUGUUUGUCCAUCUAUUUUAUAAAAUUCGUUUUCAUUUUAAAAUCUUAAAUUUGGAUAUUUAAAGCCGGAAUAGAACACAUUACCUUUGACCAAUCGCGACAUGUUUAGGGAAUUUACAUAAAUCGCAAGAAAAAGAUGGAAGGCCUGUCUUCCAUCGCCACAUUAUAGUUAUAGUGUCCUAUUCCAUGUGUAUUGAUGUUGUUGUUAAUGUUUUUAUUGUUAACAUGCUACUUGUAAUUACCAAAAUAAAUGCUUAAAUAUAUGAAACAUAUUAUAAAUAUA